CCUUUAACUGGGGUAUUAGCUGCUUUCGCCACCUAUGCGGUGGGAUUUAUCGGACGACCGCUAGGUGGGAUUGUUUUUGGACACUUUGGCGACAAGAUUGGUCGUAAAACCAUGUUGUUAACCACCUUGAUUAUGAUGGGAGUUCCGACGGUUUUGAUCGGGCUGUUACCGACUUAUGAAAGUAUUGGUAUGGCGAUGGGGGGCGAGUGGGGCGGUGCUGUUUUGAUGGCAGUUGAGCAUGCACCCGAAGGUGGCAAGGGUUUCUGGGGAAGUUUACCUCAGGCCAGUGCAGGGGGAGGCUUAUUAUUGGCUUCUCUUGCUUUAGGCGCUGUUUCUUUACUGCCUGAAGCUAGCUUAUUUAGUUGGGGAUGGCGUUUACCAUUCCUUGCCAGCAUUCUGUUAUUAGGAGUAGGUUGGUAUAUUCGCGUAAAAGUGCCUGAAUCACCUGACUUCGAAAAAGUGAAAGAGCAGGCGCAGGAAAUUAAAGUUCCUGCUAUGCAAGUCUUUAAAAAUCACCCA